AUGUCUUCAGAAUCGGAGAAGCGGUUGCGCAAAUUUCGAUCAUCAGCAAAGAUAAUUAUAUUUUUAUACCGCCUCUGUAAAACGCAUUAUUUAAGUGCCAAUGAUAAAGGGACAGCAACACGUGGUCAUGUUGAUGAUGACGAUCAGAAAGAACUGUUGUUCGACGUCACCUACUUCAAGGCAAACCGAAAGUUUGGCGCUAUUGUCCUCAUACUUGUUAAUGUGUUAGAACCAGGGAGUCAAUUCGCAAAAACUGUAGUCUAUCUUCAUAAGGGUGAAACGUUUGGGGAGCUUGCUAUUGUAAAUAAGGCUCAACGUCAGUCGACGAUUAUUGCUCGCGAAGGAAUUGAACUUCUUUGUAUCGAUGCUGACAACUACGUACAGAUAUUCAUGGCUGGAGGCAUUGGCACACUAUUUGAUCCCGAAAACGACUUUGUUAAAAAUUUAAAAUUCUUGGAAGGGUGGCCAUUACACCUGUUGGUCGGAAACCGAAAGAAAUGCGUAUUUUCUUACUUCAAGCGUGGUGAUGUAUUGAUUAAAAACAGUAAAACUACAGAUUGGAUCCUCAUUGUGAAAUCGGGUAGUUGCUCUGUUAUGAAACGACUGAAGGAAGUAGAAUCAGAGCAAAGUCGUAGGCGGCGCUUUUCUUUAUCAGAUGCAAAUGGUUUCCCAGAUCAUCAGCGAUAUCGAAAACGAAUGUCACUUAUUUAUGGUCUGGAUAAAGUUGGAGGAAAAAGCUUUGAAAAUUUUGACCAACGGAAAAGACGGGAAGAGUUUGAAAGCUUCCUAAAAGAUCUCGACACUCAAGUACUUUAUGGAAACCAGAAGCGAGAAUCAGACGACAAAAAGGACAAUAGGAAUGAUAGCAAGCGAGUUUCAUUUCAGGAGGGUGAGGCCGAGAAGGAACAUCAAACUUUACAAGGUAGGAGACGAAGUAGUGGAGCAACAAAGGCUAUUCAAGGGACGAAGAUAUUCAAAACAAGACGAUCGACGCUUCCGAUGCAAAUGAAGAAACCGCAUUUAGAGAGACGGAGAAAUAAAUCGAUUACGUCAAAUCAACAAUUAGCUGAUGCUAUAGAAGAGGAUACUGAAGAAGAAGAGAAUAAGGAAGAAGAACAAACAGAAGAUAGUGAAGACGACGACCCGCUAAAGCGUUUCUACAAGAUAACAGGUGACACAAAAGUUGUAUCCAAUAACGGAACGCCAGUUGGAAAGAGGAAAACCGUAGUGGAUGAAGUUAUUGAUACCCAUCUUGACCAGGAACAAACUGAAGAUGGAGUUAAACCAAUAUGGGUCAACGUCCAAACGCUUACUAAAGGUUCAGUUUUUGGUUUAGCUGAACUAGCAUUUGGACUCCAGCCCAGCUUUGCAGUUGUAAGCAACGGCGCGGAAUGUAUUCUGCUGUCGAAGAAGUUCUAUUUGGAGCACGCCAAUUCGCACAUGAUGACAAAACUAAGAACCGAUGAAUACCCUUACCCAACAGACGAAGAGAUGCAAGCACAACUUGAAGUAGAAAUGAAAUGGGAAACAUUUCGAAUAGGAACACUGAAGAAAACAAUGAAAAUAAAAAAUACAGAGAAGCUUGCAAGAAGAUCAUCGCUUGAAGUGGGCUUUUAGUAAGAGAGUCCUUGGGCCAUGGAGGGUGGGCAGCUCAUUGUCACAUCUCAACUGUGGAAUCUUCUCAUUCAAUUGACUAGAUAGGCCUACAUGGUUAUGUAAUUUGCUGUUCAAAAUAAUUUUUUACCGUUAUGUAUUCGUGAGUCGCCAUCCGUCUAUUUGUUUAAAAAUCUCAUUUAAAAACUCACUUAUUUCGUUCUCUUGAUUUCCCCUUUUCCAUCCCUUGCCAGCUAGCUUUUCUGUAGUUCUAUCAGGAUAGGAGGGGCCUGAGUCCUAGGAUGGCCAAGACUCAACUGGUGCUGGACAGGGUACAUUUUGAUAGAUCCCUGCUCAGCGAAGAGGGCGUAUCCCCAUACUGCGGUUUGGGUACUGGCUUGGAUUUUCCUUUUUUUAUUUUCCAGUUACAUCUGCUCACUUGUUCUGCGCAUAGAGACUCUCGUAUUUUGCGCAAUAUAAAUAACCUUUACCCUUUAACCUUUAACUUUUUGUUUUAGUGGCAAUGAAUCUGACACACUGCCCUUUCUUCAAGUUGAUUGCAUAUGCGCAGUGACACUGGUCUGAAUAUUGUCUGUCACUGCAUAAGGCGGCAGAGCUUUCAUCACACGCCUAUGACAUCAUAACGUAUUUUAGGAUAUUUUCGUAGAUACUGAUUGGACCAAAGAUGAACAUAGAAAUAAAUUAAUGGAAUACUUUUAGACACAGUGCAAUAGCUAAGUAUGUUAUUAGGAGAUUAGAAAUCUUAAAAGUAUAUCAAUUUUUCCUAGCGGAAUAUUUGAAUAAAUAAAAUAAAAAUUGUAUUAAAACGAUGAUGUCCCCCAUACACUUUGUUUUAUCAACUUACAUAGACACAGACACUUUAAAAAUACAAAGCACAUAAUAGCACAAUGAAAAAAAAUGAAAGAAAAUAAAGAUUGCAGCGAUCUUUGAUCUUAAUCAUAAUUGUGAGCUGUCGUGA